AUGGAAGGGCCGUCAGCUAUACAGAAGCUGUCGGCUAUGAACGGUCAAAUCUUUCGACGCAACCCCUCCGCGAAGCCUUGUCCUGGAUGCAAGAACGCUUCACUACGCGACAUUACAGGCCACGGCUACGUCUUGGGCAUUGACGUGAAACAAACUCUACAAGAAGUAAAAUCUCCAAGCGAAAACGAAUGCUACCUAUGCUCUCUAGUAUGGUGGUCUCUCAAGAAUCGCACAGCCAAGAUACUGGCGAUGGACGACCCCGUCAUUGCACUGUAUUGCAACCCUCCAUUCAAGACACCAGUUCAGCAGAUCGACGUGAUAGUCGUCAACAAGAGGAAGCGACAGGAUUUGGGUUGGGCCCUUGACUUUUCGGGUCUUUCGCAUCUUGGUCCACCAGAUGCUAAGCCAUGGGUGACUCGAGGCCGUGUCGUCUUGUACGCAGACCCCAGACAUGGGCAACCUGAAGAUAGGAGAUGCCAUGUCAAGUUCCGAAGGAUCGAGACCAACUCUGGAUCCCCAACUUGUUUCGACCUAGCCAAGCAAUGGAUUUCGGAUUGUCUAUUCAAGCACUACGGAACCUGUCCAUCAAAUUACAGGUCACCUCUACCUCUUCGAUUGAUUGACGUUGGACCUUCCGACGGCUCUGAACCUCCCAGGCUGGUAACCACAGCUGUCAAUCAGCGUGGGAGAUACAUGGCUCUUGGUUAUUGCUGGGGGCCGAAGCCAUUCUUUGCCCUAACACCAUCCAAUAAAUCUGAGCUGGAGCGACGCAUCCCAUUCGAAAAGCUUUCAGAGACUAUCAAAGACACCAUCAUCAUUACCAGGCGCCUCAAUGUACGCUACGUGUGGAUCGACUCACUAUGCAUCAUGCAAGGCUCAGGAGAAGAAGCCGUCAAAGACUGGGAAAUGCAAGCACAGCAAAUGGGAACCAUAUUCCGCUGCGCUUUCUUGACGAUAGCUGCACCUUCAAGCGACGAUACCCAUCAAGGACUCCUCUGCGACCGAGACAAUCUCUCCCGCUCAUACUACGAGUUUCCAGCAGACAAGAAGGGUCAAGACAUGGUCUACCUCGGCCGCUGUGCCAAUGCCAUAGAGCCCCAUUCGUUAAAUGAACCGCUGCGUUGGAGAGGAUGGGUCUUUCAGGAGUCUUUCCUCUGCGUCAGAUCCAUUUCCUACGAAAAGGGAGAGAUGUCGUGGAGAUGUCGAGCAUGCAAGUCUCGAGAAGGCCUCAUGGAAAGCGAGCCUCUACCUCGCAAAGUCACAGAACGCGAUGUACCAAGCAACAUCCGAGCCAACUGGAAGUCCAUCGUCGCCGAAUACAGUAAAAAUAGCCUCAUGUAUCCGAACGACAGGCUCCUAGUCAUAUCAGGGCUAGCAAAGAUAGCACAACACGGCUCACCAACAACCUACCUCUGCGGAGUAUGGAUGGACCAGCUCGCAGAGUCACUCUUGUGGGAACACCGCGGUCACACUGUUGACAGGAUACGAGUCCACACCUGUCAGACGAAUCGUCGUGCACCUUCAUGGUCUUGGGCAUCUGCAGAUGGACAGAUCAAGUUUCUCAAAGGCGCCGACCCGACAUACAUCCGGGCUAAAGUCAAGGGCGAAGGGCUACUGAUUAACGGAUACCUUCGAAGUGUCAAGACGAUCAGGUUGUCGACUUCGGGGAGCUACUAUGGAGGUUAUGACAAUUUCAGCCCUUGGACGACCUUGCCGACGACGAUGAAGACUUACCUAGACAGUGACGCAGUACCCAUUCAUCACCGCCUGCGACGAGAUGACAAGAGCCCUCUUGAGUUGGUGGAUGUCUGGUUUCUAUACCUCGGACCAAGCUCAGGUCUCAUCAUCGUAGAGGCGUAUGCUAUGGAGCCCCCGCCUCGCAGACUGUUGAAAUCAGCUUUUCAGGCCUUGGUGGAAUAUAAAAAGUACGUUCGGCUGGGGUGUUUCGUUGGAUAUCCAAUUCAGAGGAAGUGGUCAUCGCGUAUCCUGCUGGUCUAG